UCACCACCUAAUAAUCGCAGAGGCCCCAUCAUCCCUCGCCUUCACCGCACGCCCUUGAGAGCAUCCCGCGCAUCAGCCCCUCCCCGCCGCCCGCCCCGCUCCACCUGGCCGCUCCGCACCGCCGACUCGACUCUAUGGCUUCGCAAGCUCCCAACCAGCCGCGCCCGUACCCCGGCAACUACCUCCCCAACGGUGGCGCGCCGUCGGGCCCCGUGCCGGGCGCAGUGCCGCUGCUCCCCAACCAGGGCCGCGUGAUCCAGCAGGGCAGCGCGCGCGUGCUGUGCAUCGCCGACGUACGAGGCAACCUGCAGUCGCUGAACCAGCUCGCGGCCGACGCCCGGGCAAACUACAUCAUCCACACGGGCGACUUCGGCUUCUACGACGACCGCUCGCUCGACCGCAUCGCCGACAAGACACUGAAGCACGUUGCGCAAUACUCGCCGCUGCUGUCGGACAGCGUCAAGCGCUCCAUCGCCCAGGCCCCGCCGCAGCCCCCCAUCAAGGAGCGCUUCCAGCGCGAGCACCUGCCGCUGUCGGAGCUGCCGCUGUUCCUCAACAAAACAUACACACUCAACGUGCCCGUCUACACAGUAUGGGGCGCCUGUGAAGACGUGCAGGUGCUGGAGAAGCUGCGGUCGGGCGAGUACAAGAUCGACAACCUGCACAUCAUCGACGAGGCCCACUCGCGGCUGUUGGACGUUGGCGGCGUGAAGCUGCGCCUCCUCGGCCUGGGUGGUGCCGUGGUCAUGCACAAGCUGUUCGACAACGGCGAGGGCCGGACCACCAUCGCCGGCGGCCAGGGCACCAUGUGGACCACGCUGCUGCAGAUGGGCGAGCUGGUCGACACGGCGAACCGCGUCUACGACCCGACCGAGACGCGCAUCUUCGUCACCCACGCCUCGCCCGCGCGCGAGGGUCUGCUGAACCAGCUGUCCGUCACCCUCAAGGCCGACUUCUCCGUGUCCGCCGGCCUGCACUUCCGCUACGGCAGCUCGUACAAUGAGUUCAGCGUCAACCCGACUCUGGACCACUACCGCGGCAAGCUCGCCGCCUCCAAGGCCUCGUUCAACGACGUGUGGGACACAGUCAAGUCCGAGGUCGAGCCGGCCAUUGCCGACAGCGACUCGCAGCAGCGCCUGCUGAACCUGGCCCUCGACAUCGUCACCAAGAUGCCCACCGUGGCCAACGGCGGCAACCCCUUCGGCGGGCCCACCCCCGGGCCCCAGAGCGGCGUCAUCGACGAGAGCGCCUUCAAGAACAUGUGGAACUUCAACCUGGCCGACGCCGCCUACGGCUGGCUGGUGCUGGACAUUGACAACGGCCGCAUUGGCACCGAGAUGCGCGCCCAGGGCUUCAACUUCGCCCACCGCGGCGGCAAGGUUGGCCAAGCCGGCCAGCCCGCACCUGCUGCGGCCACGUCGGUCACACCGGCCGCCCCGAGCCCUGCUCCUGGCCCGUCGCCUGCCCCAGGCCGCCCAGCCAAUGCACCGGCCAACGCCCAGCAGCCCCGCCCUGCCGUCCCCACGCCCGUCCAGAACAAAGCCGCUCAGCCCGCACGCACCGGACCCUCCCCCGCGCCUGCGUCCAAGGACACCAAGGCUGCCACACCCCAGCCCGCCAACGCCAACGCCCCCGCGAACGCCGCCGCCGAGAAGGCCAUCCCCAGCGAAGUCAAGUCGAACGGCACAACCGCACCUGAGAAGGGCCCCGCCUCGCCUGCCCCCCGCGAGCCCGUUGAGCGCAAGGAGAGCAAGGGCCUGUUCAUCACAGGCGUCAAGGACGAGGAGGAGGCCAAGGGCCUGCUGGCCGAGGAGGACCGGCCCAAGAUCGAGAAGCUGGAGAAGAUCAAGCACUUCUUCGUCGCCCACUUCAGCUCGCCCGCCGACAUGCAGGCAGCUCUCAACCGCGUCUCGGCCGACAUCAAGAACGCCCGCGGCGGCCCUGACAAGCCCAGCGUCAAGAUCUACAACGAACGCGGCGGCGGCGCCCCCAGGUACGGCGCCGGCAGCUGGCAAGCAAGCAGCCGCGGCGGCGCAGCCGGCACAGGUGGCUACCGCAGCGGCGGUGCUUCUGACAGCGAGGGCGGCCGUGGCGCGCGUGGAGGUCGAGGCGCACGAGGCGGAGCCUUCCGCGGAGCCGAGCGCGGCGACAGAGGCACAGCCCGCGGCCGUGGUGCACGAGGCUCCUUCCGUGGCGCGCCUGCCGAGGGCGCUGCUCCCGCCGACGCCUAAGCUGCCCGCUUC